AUGGCAGGCACGUCCCGUCUCGCCGCCAAGCUCCUCAGCGUCGGCGGAAAAGCCCUGGUCGGAGGCACCGCGUCGGUUCUCACCAACGCCACGGAGCGCGGCGUGUCCAACGCCUUCUACGGCACCAACUUUGCAGCGGGCGCCGCCGUUGCCGCGCUCGUGGGCGUGAUUGGGCUCAAAGGACCCAGCUCGCCUAACAAGUUGCCGGGCAUCAACAAGUUUGAGGGAUCGUUCAAGCUGCGGGCGUUCACGGGCGUGCGGUCGGUGCUGGCGCCCAAGCCGACGAAUCCGUGGGCGGUUCCAGGGAUCACGACGCAGAUUCUGAAAGCGGCGGCGGCCACGGCUGGGGGGUUGGCUUCAUAUGGGUAUAAGAAGACUGGGCUGGACUGUCUGGACAAGGAGGUUAAUGCCGCGUUGAAGACUUUUUGGGAAGAAUUUUGGGGUACCAGCCAUCCAUACUGGGUCGGUAUGAAGAGGCACUAG